AUGACAGCAACAACAUUUUCUCAGUUCAAUGGCGACACAGAGGGCAUUGAGGUCGCUCAAGCCUUUUCUGCACAAGUUUCUGGGAAGGUUGUGUUGGUGACCGGAGUGAACCGAGGUGGAAUCGGUUACUCAACAGCUGAGGCGUUGGCAUCUCAGGGACCCUCGCAUCUCAUCAUCACUGGCCGCUCUGGUACCAAGCUUCAUGAAAGCGUCGACGCUAUGAAGAGUCUCUACCCUCAGGUCAAUUAUGUUAUCCUCCAGUUUGACCUCUCAAGCCAACAGUCAGUUCGCGCCGCUGCUUUGGAACUUCUCAGUCGAGACGACAUUCCAAAGGUCGACCUGCUUAUCAACAAUGCUGGAGUUGCGUUUCUCCCCGAUCGCACUUAUAGCCCGGAGAAGAUCGAGAUGCAUUUCGCAAUCAAUCAUAUCGGCCACUUCCUUUUCACCAGCCUCAUUCUACCAAAGCUUAUCAAGGCCGCUGAGGAGAGCCCUAAGGGUGCAACUCGUGUCAUCAACGUAUCCAGUGGAUCGCCAAAAUGGGCCUAUAUGAGAUGGAGUGACAUCAACUUUGAGAAGAAGAACAAGGACCUACCGGAAGAAGAGAGACCUAACUACGAGGUCCACAGAGCCUGGGGGUCUCCUAAUGUCGAAGAACUGAGCUACAUCCCCUUGGCAGCAUAUAAUCAGAGCAAAGUCGCCAACGUGCUCUUCAGCAUUGGCGCGAACAAACGAUGGUACGAGCGUUACGGGAUCUUAUCUCUGGCGGUAUUUCCAGGAUGGAUCGAGACAGAGCUCAGCAGACAUAUGCCUUCUGAAGCUCGUGAGGCAAUUGCGAAAGUAGGAAACCAGAGGGGGGUGAAGUACAAGAGUCUACAGGCUGGGGGCUCAACCACUGUUGUUGCAGCGCUGGAUCCCCAACUUGGACCUGGUGAGAAAAGAGAAGGUAAGCAGAAUUAUGGUGUAUUUCUGGAAGAUUGUCAGAUUUGCAGCGGAGCUCAUCCUAAGGCCGAGUCAGAUGAAGAGGCGGAGAAGCUUUGGGUGUUGUCGGAGAAACUGGUCAAGGCAACCUCUUAG